ACAUUUAGAGGGUCGGCCCCCAUCGUGCGGCGAUUGGCUCACCCUUUGGAGGGUGGGUGAGCCAGAGGCGGUGUCAGGGGAGGUGGCGGCUCCAGAGAUGGCAGUGAGCGAGAGGAGGGGGCUCGCCCGCCGGAGCCCCGCGGAGUGGGGGCAGCCGCUACUCCUGCUCUUGCUCUUGGGCGGCUGCUCUGGGCGCAUCCACCGGCUGGCGCUGACGGGGGAGAAGCGAGCAGACAUCCCGCUGAACAGCUUCGGCUUCUACGCCAAUGGCUCCCUGGAGGUGGACCUGAGCCUCUUGCGGCUGGGCCUCCAGGAGACAGAAGAGAAGGACCCGCUGGUGGGGUUCAGUCUGACUCGGGUUCGAUCUGGAAGCAUUCGACCCUACUCAACCCGGAACCCCCGUGACUGUCCUCUCCAGAAAAACAGCAGCAACCUCCUAGUUCUCUUCCUCAUCAACACCAAGGAUCUGCGGGUACAGGUGCGGAAGUAUGGGGACAGAAGAAGCUGUUCUCUCCUGGGGCUCCUACCCGAAGUGCCCUCCGAACCAGUCACCCCCAAAGUGGACAGCGGGACCACCGCUGCGCUUGACAAGGCCAAGUCAAAACCCACAGUGUCUCAGGGGGACCAGCAGGUUCGAGGAAGCCAGGGCAGGAGGGAGGAAGGGCCUCAGUGGGAAGGACAAGAACUGGUCCUGGGUCUUGGGAUCUCAACAAUUCUACAACUUCAGCGUGAGUGUCUAGUGAGCACCCGAGGCCCCACCUCCCCCUGAGUGGGAAACCCAGGCUGAGCCCACCACCUCCCCCCCAUCUUCCCCUCUCUGCCCCACCACCCAGUUCCACGUGGUCAUCGGCUCUCGGGCCGAUGGAGGGCCAGUACAACCUCAACUCCAACACUGCUACAACUCAAAGCCGGGCCGGGAGCAGCCCUCGACAUCCCGGUGAGCAGAGGUGGGCCGGCCACACCACAUCCUCCUGAGGCCAUGCUGGGCAUGAAAGCCCGUGUCCCCACCUGGGAGGCGGGAAGACUGAGGCCAUGGAAAGGGGAGCUUGAGAGUGUGAGGGCGAGACGCACCCUCGCGGCUCUGCACAUCCAGAGCCGGCCUGAAAUCCCCGCGCGCCCACCCUGCCCACGGUCCCCCCAGGUCAUGAUCCGGGAGAAGAACCGAGGCUUCCUGUCAGCGGCGGAAUCCCCCCUCUUCAAGCUGUACAUGGUCCAUGUCUGCCUUCUUCCUGGCCGCUGCAUCUUCUGGGUGUCCAUCCUCUGCAAGAACACGUACAACGUCUUCAAGAUCCACUGGCUUAUGGCAGCCCUGGCUUUCACCAAGAGCAUCUCCCUUCUCUUCCGCAGUAUCAACUACUACUUCAUCAACAGCCAGGGCCACCCCAUUGAAGGCCUCGCUGUCAUGCACUACAUCACGCACCUGCUAAAGGGCGCCCUCCUCUUCAUCACCAUCGCCUUGAUCGGCUCUGGCUGGGCCUUCAUCAAGUACGUCCUGUCAGACAAGGAGAAGAAGAUCUUUGGGAUCGUGAUUCCACUGCAGGUCCUGGCCAACGUGGCCUACAUCGUCAUCGAGUCCCGCGAGGAGGGUGCCAGUGACUACAUGCUCUGGAAGGAGAUCCUCUUCCUGGUGGAUCUCAUCUGCUGUGGUGCCAUCCUCUUCCCUGUGGUCUGGUCCAUCCGGCAUCUCCAGGACGCAUCCGGCACAGAUGGAAAGGUGGCAGUGAACCUGGCCAAGCGGAAGCUGUUUCGCCAUUACUACAUCAUGGUCAUCUGCUACGUGUACUUCACACGGGUCAUCGCCAUCCUGCUGCAAUGUGGCCAUAGCCCCGUUCCAGUGCAGUGGGCUGUACCAGGUGAAGACCAAGACCACAGGUGGGGUGGGCAGCUCUUGGUGGAGGGGUCCACCCUGGCCUUCUUCGUGCUCACCGGCUACAAGUUCCAGCCGGCAGGCGACAACCCGUACCUGCAGCUGCCCCAGGAGGACGAGGAGGACACGCAGAUGGAGCAGAUAAUGAGGAUUCUGGGUUCCGGGAAGGCCUAUCCCAAAGUCAACAAGACAGCCAGCGGCCGGGAGCUUCUGUGAUCAUCCCCAGUGUCUGGAACUGUCCUCCUUCCCCCA